AUGGCUACCGCUGGAAACAAGAGCAUCAACGCGAAAUUGGUGUUACUUGGAGAUGUUGGUGCUGGGAAAUCGAGUCUUGUGUUACGUUUUGUUAAAGAUCAGUUUGUUGAAUUCCAGGAAUCAACCAUAGGAGCAGCUUUUUUCUCACAGACACUAGCUGUGAACGAUGCGACUGUAAAGUUUGAGAUUUGGGAUACAGCUGGUCAGGAACGAUACCAUAGCUUGGCUCCAAUGUACUACAGAGGUGCAGCUGCUGCUGUUAUCGUCUUCGAUGUUACUAAUCAGGCAUCAUUUGAGAGGGCAAAGAAAUGGGUUCAGGAACUGCAGGCACAAGGUAACCCUAAUAUGGUGAUGGCUCUUGCUGGCAACAAAUCUGAUUUAUUAGAUGCAAGGAAGGUGACUGCAGAGGAGGCACAAACAUAUGCUCAAGAGAAUGGUCUCUUCUUCAUGGAAACUUCAGCGAAAACAGCAGCUAAUGUCAAAGAGACAUUCUAUGAAAUCGCAAAAAGGCUACCGAGAGUACAGCCAACGGAAAACCAAAGUGGAAUGGUUCUACCGGACAGGGCCAUGGACAGGGCCGUGAGUGCAUCAUGUUGUGCUUAG